AUGUCCGAUAGCGGAUCGGAAGCGCCAGAUACGACGAAGUCGGAACCUUUUUCGUUCCUGCAUCCGAUACAAGCGAUGAUCCAAGCCCCCGUGAACCAGCCGAACAUCCAGAUGCGGUCGAAAAAGACGCGACCGCGCGGAGCCACGACAGGCGGCUCGGAAGCCACCCAUUCCACGAUAUCGCACCUGCAACACGAGCCCUUCAAGCGACGCAGCGUCGAACGGCAUUCGAUGGCCGGCUUCGAUCUUCGUCGCAGCAGUCCUCGAGAUCCAGGCGGCCAUUGGACCGACUUGUUCUCCUCCAAGAAGUUCCGCAAACGCAUCAAGAAGCACUUUGAAGUACUUACUAUCAAAUUGAUCCUAUGAAAUUAGUUGGUAGAAUUCUAGGACAGAAAUUACAUUUAUGCGUGUUGGUUUUAAUUUUGUUCAAAAUCAGACUUUUCACAGUUUCAAGCAUUCAUCUCUACCUGAGAAACUUUUUUUUUAGAAGUUUUCCGUCUGAACAGAUUUUCAGGAAAAACAUCAAGAAAGGUUAGAAAAAAGCGAUAAAAUAUCAUUCAUAACACAUAAUCUGCAAAUGACAUAAUGCGAUUGGACUGCGCUCGAGGCUUUUUUCAGUUUGAAAUAAUUAGAGAUUCUUACAAAAAAGUGCAACUUUUCAAUGAAGGAAUCAAAGUUGGAAACUUCAAUUUAUCAAUUUUUCCUUUUCAGCCCGCUGGCGAUGAUGAGAGCAGAUAUGGAACUAUUGGCAGUACAUCUACUUUGGCUUCGAAUUCUUCUGGUUUGUAAAUUUCCAAUAUCUUUUUUCGUUUCGAUUCGAAAAUGUGGGUUCCUUGAUGUGUUAAUGGUAAGCUGCAGAAAAAGGGAAGUCGACAUUGAAACGAUGUUUUGUCACAAAGGUUUCAUUGUCGCAGAAUAAGAAAGGAGAAGUAGUCGAAAACUUUUUUAAAAAUGAUUUUUUUUUGUAAUUUUAUGAAAUCAUAUUUGUAGUAAAAAUAGACUCAAACAGAUUGAUACCGCGUAAUUUUUCAAGGGGAAUCCGCGUUAAGACCUGUCACAGAGGAGGAGUUGGGCAGCUUACGAGACCAAUUUCGCAAAAUAAUGGUCAGUUUUGGUGCUUUUCAAGUUCAUGAAAGAAGUUUCAGCAAGAAAAAAAUGUAAAAGGCCAAGACUUGGAGGAAAUGAUGAACCGGAUGACGACGGACACGAUGCGCCAAUUGAUACACAAUAGUAACAAAACGGACAGCGUCGCCAACAAGAAAGUUAGGCCAAACAUUGGAGAAUAUAAACUGAUGAGGAGCAAAAUGUGAAAGAAAAUAAAAAUUACUUUCAGUCGCCAGAGUCUUUACUCGCGUCACUGAAGCAGAUCCUGAGGUCAGAGAAUAUUCUUGCCUGCAAACAAGAAAUGGUUGACGUCAAAGUUCAGCUGACCUGCCAGAACCUGUCCUACACUUCAAAGGUCAGCGCCGUUGAUUCGUUCGGGAAAUGAUUUUUAGAAGCUGUUCAGGGUUAAAGAUAAUAGUCUCAUCCUGAAAAGAUUUGUAUUCCGACUCAAAAAAGGCACUCGAAAUACCACAUGAAUAUGUCUUUCGGAACAAAUUUUUGCGCGAAAUCCGUAUGAAUAUAAAAAAAUUUCUUCGCGUGAAAAGUACUGUAAAGGAUCGUGUGAACAUUUUUGUGCGAUUGAUGGAAAAUUUCAUUUCAUUUUGAAUAAUGCCAGAAAUGUGUUAGAACAUUUUAUCUAAAUGUUCAAUACUCCCGUGCCUUUAGAAGUUAUGAUGUACCAUCUGUAACCUUUCUGCUCUCAAACGUGUUUUUUCAGUUUACGUCGGGAGUUCGAGACGAAAAAGGCCGAUCAGGAUUCGAUUUAUUAUGUGAGCUGUAUGCUUAUGUAUGGUAUAGCUUCCUGAGAAAUACACUGAUGUUAUUUUUCAGCUUAUCGAUAUGUUGAAAAGGACAAAGUGCGACACGAAAGAAGAGAUCGAGUUGGUAGAUUUCCUGCAAGAAGUCGUCAAGUGCAUCCGAUCGAUCAUGAAUCUCAUGGUUUUGAAUAAUUAUAUGCGAUCCAAGGGUCUUUUCUAUUUGAGAGCGGAAUGGGGCUGAUAAUGCAGGCUUCGUCUCCGGUUGUCUCCCUUCUCAUACAGACGCUGUCCUGUCUAAAUCGAAGGUUUGUAGGGUUCCUUGAUUAGACAAUAAACCAUAACCCUAAACGCCUUGAAUCAGGACUUGAAAACCGGAAGCCCUUUUUAAGUUAGAAAAAAAUCUAUCUUUUUCUUUAUUAAUUUAAUUUUUGAAUUUAUAAAAAAAGAUGAGCUAAAGAAAAAGUUAGCUUAUUAUAUAGUGUGAAUAAGUGGCAGAAAUGAAAGAAUUUACUGAAAAAAAUAAAUAUAUAAAUAAAUUUAUGGAGUUUUUAUAAAGUGCGUUUGGAGUCUGAAAAAUGUUAACCAUCGAUUUUCCCAGUUUUUUUCCAAGUUUGCUUGGUAAUUAAAAUCACUGAAUCCAUUCAGCGGUCAAAAAGAUUUUUCAAUUUCAAAGUACUCGGAAAUCAAAAAGAAUCUCAAGCUUUUUUUUUUAAUUCGCUAGCUUUCAGGAAGCCACCUAUCGGGCAGGGAACCCCGCCGGAGCCGCCGGAAGCGCGAAUGUUGCGUGCCGACAUCGUCAAGAUCUGCUGCCUGAUAAUCAUGAGUAGUCACGGAGAGAGCGACGAAUACCGCAGCUUCGAAAUGACUGGGUUUGGCGAUCUCCAGCCGUUCUUCCACCUUGACUCUUUCCAGCCAGCAAAAGUUUUUUCGAGAGUUGACGACUUUGUCGCGGCAGGAGUCGAAGAAGUCUUCGACAGGAAUUCCAAUGUCACGGUUCAAACCGUUCGUCGAGUGCCUCGAGUUCUUCGACAUCACACGCGAGGAGGACCUUGUGGUGUUUUCUUUCUUUAAAAGACAAUAGAGGAAGGUGGUUUUGCAGUAUCGCUUCGUGAUAUCCGUCAACUGCAUGAUUACUCGCGUUUCCGACAACUUGCCUGAACAGACCUGGACCGAGGACCAAAUGUGGCAAAUGCGAAUGCGCCUACGAAGCGAAGCCGCGCGCGAUGGCUGGGGCAAGCACAUGCAGGUGUCUCUGGCCUUCCGGAUCGAAGCAAACGUUUUCUUGGCUUCAGAACCUUGCCGAAAGCAACAAGAAGACAAUCGGACGCGUCUGCGAGUCUUAUAUCAACGAGCAGGCCAGCGACAUGGAGAAUCUUGUUGGGAAAUAUGAGAGUUUGUAAGAGAAGUAGCCUAAAAAGAAAAAGUGGCUCAUGUUCGUUUUUGAAGAAAGAGCGAGUACGAUUCGUUAGACGGAUGUUUCGAGCUGUUGGCGUCUUCUGCGAGUACCUCAGCCGUGGAACCCAUGCUUCUGGCAAUUUUCCAGCUCAUGGUGCUCGUUCCAGAAGAAAUCACUGCUAGGUUACACAGCCUGCCGUUUCGAAACACAAAGGAAAUGUUUUCCAGACGAGCAUACAUGAAACUCAUCGAGUGUGCUAUUUCUGAAGUCGUUUUCAACGGCGUCGAUCCUGAUCCGGAGAGCCCUUUUGUGUUUGAAAUGCCAGUUUCGGAGAUUUUAGGUCGAGAUACAUAUUAAAAUAGGGAUAUGUAAACGGUGGUGACUUUUAGAACAACUACAAGACGACGAAACGUCGAAAAAAUUGCGACAAGCGACGGCGGCGAAGCACGCGGCCGUCGCCAUGCAGAGCAACUACUGGAAAGCGAUUCAGGAGUAUCAGAAGGAGACGGAGUUGCUCCGGAAACAUGUCGGGUUGAACUAUGUUGAGAGAGAGAUGGAAGAAUUUUUUGAAGGUCGCGGAUCCAAACUCCAUUCCUCUGCCGCCGCCCACGAAAUGUAACCUCAGUGCUCCUGAUCUGACAGACUUGUCAACGCCGUCGACGUCUUCAGGACUGCCGCCAGUAACAGGAGGACCUCCGCCUCCACCGCCGCCCGGAGGACUUCCGCCCAUCACCGGAGGCCCUCCGCCUCCUCCGCCUCCUGGUGGACUUCCUCCUGUUGUUGGCGGACCUCCACCUCCGCCGCCACCUCCUGGAAUGGGUUCGAAAGCACGAUUUGUCUUCAUGGUCUUCUCAGUUUCAGGCAGUGGGAUCCCUCCUCCUCCACCUCCGCCGCCGCCUUCCGGUAUGUUAGGCAAAGGACCUGGACCGCCUGGUCCACCACCGCCACCAUUUCCUCUAGGUUUUCAUUAACAAAAUUUGUUUCCUCCUUUUUCUCUACUAACUCUUUUCUGAGAAUGUUCUCAUUCUUUGUGAUGGCAUGAUAUGAUUCCAGGCGGCAUUGCUCCAGUCAUGUUGAAUCCUCUGCCUGAAUACCUGCCGCCGAAGAAAACCCGCAAAGUUGACGUUCCUAUGAGGAAAUUUCCAUGGGGUAGUAGCACGGUUGGUAUUGAUUCAAUUCUAAAUUGAGAAUAUUUCAGUUUAAUUUCAGAUUAAUCCGAAAGAUAUCCCUCGUGAGUCUUUCUGGGUGUCGACGAAUGAAGAUGCACUGGCUAGCGACAAGCUUUUCGAUAGACUCAAGGUGCAAAUUUUGAAAAAGAAGUAUCGAAAGAGUAUUUUUCAGCAAAGAUUUUCUUCAAAGCCUCCUUCGAACGCACUGAAGGCAGAUACGUCAAACGGCCUCGUGACGAAAAAAGCAAAAAUCCCUCAGGUGAUCCAAGACGACAAACUUCUGCAGAAACUCGGUUGGACUGUCCUUUUCGGUUGACUGGAAAUAUGUCUUUCAAGGUAUUCUGCAAGGAUCUGUGAAGAUGUCCUACGAUGAGCUGAAGAUCGCCCUUCUGGAAAUUGACGAGAAAGUCUUGUCCCAGGGUCUUUUGGAGCAACUUCGAUUAGCCCUGCCACCUGCAGAGGACCUCCGGAAGCUUUCUGAAGUCGACAAGAAGUUGUUCGAAGAGAUGCCUGAGGGCGAACAGGUGACGAAGCUACCUGAGGAGGUGAAACUGAAACUGAGUUCAGUUUGCUGCGUCUCUCGCCACGAUCAACGCCCUCCCUCUGCGACUUGAUCUCAUCCACUUCAAAAUGCGUUUCGAUGAAAUCUUGAACGAACUGAAGCCGGUUAGUAUGGAUAAGAUUCAUGUCGAUGGAUCUAAUGUCAGCUUUGAAAUUGAAACAUUUUCUUUUUGAUUUUGACGGUUGAAGAAACCAACGUUUUUCAAAAUGAAAAAAAUUUCGUUUAAUAAGAUUGUCAUUGUUUAUUGUAUAUCGAAAAUCGCACAGAAUUUUAUUUUAGUUUUUUCAAGUUAUGAGAGAUAGUUUAAAAGAAAUUGGCGCCUUCCCUAAAUUCGGAUUUCAAAAUAACACAUUCGAUUUCAGAGUAUGUCGUCGGUGAUGGAAGCGUGCGAGGAAAUUCGCAAAUCGGACGGUCUUCGCACCUUUUUGCAGUUGGCAUUGGCCAUCGGAAACUUCAUGGGCGCUACCACCAAAAACUUCAAUUCCACCUACGCUUUCGAACUGCGGACGCUAACUCGGGUCAGUUACAUCCAACUUGAAGCUCAGAAAGUUCUCAUUUUUCAGUUAGUAGACACUAAAGACGUCGAGAACAAGCACACGCUUUUGCAUCAUUUGAUCGAAGAAAUGAAGAAAAUUGACCCGAAAAGAGCCAAGUUUGUCCGAUUAGAAGUACCUCAAUGAGAUCAAUUUGAAGAUUUGCUAUGAAAGAUUUUCAUCAUUGCGCUGAGUCGUCCCGCGUCAAUGCCGAAGAGCUCCAAAAGUCUAUAAAUCAGUUCAAAGCGAAUCGCAACAAAGUUUGAGUGGAUCAACUUUCCGAAUUUCAUCUUUUCACUUCAGCUCGAAAACUGCCUGAAGACGUACAAAGCUCAGUCGGGCCGCGAUCGCUUCGAAGAUCGUAUGAAGCCGUUUUUGCUGCGCGUCAACAAGGAAGUCUCCACGGUGGAAUCGGUUUGGAUCAGCUACUUCCAAGGAGGUUACGACUGUAGUUAAGAUGAAUGAGAAGAUGCAACGCGAUUGGGCUUCGUUGGCCAAAUACUUUGCGUUCGACACGAAAAAGUAUCCUUUGGAGGAGUUCUUCGUCGACAUCAGAACGUUCAGCGAACAGUACACUGUAAGUUUCAUCCGUCUUCAGGUGGCUCGGAACUCAUUUUUCAAUUUUUAAGAAAUUUUUUAAUUUCACGAAGAUAUGUUCAUUUCGCUUUCCAACGUUAUUAUUGUAACAAAAUAUGAAAUUUUCGGCUUUUGCAAGUUUUAACUUUUCUGACACGAGAAGUCAUUCAAAUUUCAAUGUUGGUGUUUCCUAGAUAUUUUCCCAAAAAGUCUGCGAAUUAUAUCACAUUUGAUCAAAAAACUCGUAACCUUCUUAAAUCGGUUCGGUUAUAUUAAUGGAUUAUUUGCUCAAAUUCUAUCGCAUUUUUGACAGGCUGCAUGGCGAGAGCUGGAAGCAGAAGCGGAGGCUGAGCGGGCUGAGGCACGACGCAAGGAGAAGGCGUCGCAGGCGACGAUGCAACGUUCGCGAAACCCACUCGCAGAACGGCAAAUCAUCUCUUCGCAGGCUGCCGCAAGAGUCAACGCAAGGCCGGUUGCCGCCAUUGCUGGUAGCUAUUUGCCACGUCCGUGUUUAUCGACGUGAUUCCAGAUGACAAGAUGGGCGUUCUCGACGAGUUGGAACGAGCCACUGGGGGAGAAAGAUUCUUGGAGCGAUUCCUGCAAGGCGCGCGGACCCCGCGUUCUGGUCCUCCUCGUACCAAAGCUGGUCGGUUUUUUUUGAACCCUUGAAGCUCAAUUUAACCUUACCGAUCAGUUCACUUCUUCUUCUGUUGGGUCUCAUCCAUUUCGGUUGCUUAUGUUAAGGUCGUGCGGCGCUCCAAAGACAGAGGUCUCGCGGCCACGACUCCUUCAUGUCGGCGAUCGCCGCAAUGAGCGAAGAGCCGCGAAUGCCGCAAUCCUCGCGGCUCACGGAGCCCAUGCGUGAGUCGAGCCCUCUCGAUCGUGUCAAAGCCGUCGGAACGCCCUGUGCGGCCGUUCUCAACGGCGCCGGAGAGCUCAAGAUGAAAGUGAGACGUCGUGGCGCACCAGCCGUUCCUGUCGAGGUAGGCUUGCUGGUUUUGUUGGCUCGGUUGGCAUUGCAGCGAUUGUGUUGGACAGGCUCAAUAUUAGUUGGGAUAUUGCAUGAAAUCUUAUAUUCCUAACCCAAAAGUUUGUUCCCAAAAUAUCUGUUAUAAAACGGCUCGACCAUUUGACUCAAACACUUUUUCGAGUCGAGUCGUAUUUCGGAAAUUACAAUUUUUUUCCUUCAAUCAAUCAAGCUGAAUUUUCUUUCUAUAACAAUUUUUUUAAAACAUACAAUUGAAAACUUUCUUAGGACAAUGAAAUUUAAGGUCAAAAAUAUUAAUGUAUAUUAAAACGCUCGAAGCUCUUCCACUUUUCUUAUUUUUGGAAAUUGCUGUUGAUCAGUUCCAACUUCAAGACGAUCCUGCCCAGAAUUUCUUAUUUAUUAAAUCUAAGAGCUGCUAAAGUUUCAAAACAUUAGCAAGCCUAGGUUCCUAGUCAAUAUUCAACUUAUUUUUUCCUCGUCACAGAUGACGAAUAAGGAAUCUUCCUCGCGUCAACAAACGUCACCGACCCACAAAGAGAACUGGCAACCGACCGCCGGAGAAUCUUCAGCUUCUCCGGCCGUCGUCAAAAAAUCGGCGUCACGAGUAGAAUCGACCAAAAACGACGAGCUUCCGACGACCGAAGAGCUUCUCGCCAGGCUCAACCAGUUUUAG